AUGCCUGUUGAUGGGUUUCGAAGCUUGAGCGUAAUAGAACUACUGAUUUUUGUUUAUUUCACACUUUGUGAUGUGGCACUGAUGCAGCAGUUUGUAGUGCCAGUGUUGGAGCUGUGGUCGCGCUUCCGGACGCUGAACGCUCAGCUGGUGGACUGUCUGUCCUGCCUGGGAGAGCCCCGGCUGUCUCAGCUGCUGCUGGGCUGGCAGAAGAAGCGGCGGUGCGACAACCUGAGCGGCAGGCUGCGACGGCUGCAGCACGCCCACCUGGUGCUGCAGCGCGCUGCAGAGCUGCUGCAGGAGCACGUGUCACCUGCAGUCACCUUCCAUGUGGUGUACAGCGUCCUGGGGACCAUCUACAGUAUCUAUGAACUGCUCGUAGUGCUAAUGGUACAGAAGAAGGUGGAGAGCCUACUUAUGUAUCCAUCCCUAAGUUUUUGUUCAUACUGGUUAGUACAUCAUGUCUUCAACCUACUGCUGAUGACUUUGUCGUGCUCCAUCCUGGAAGAUCAAGAGGCGCAAACUGCAGCUGUGCUAUGCAGGUCAGUGGGAAUGGCAGAAUCGGCGCCUCUGGCAGAGGCCUUCCUCUUGCAGAUAAAGCAUGGGCCAUCAAUAAGAUUCACUGCAUCUGGAUUGCUGCCAAUUAACAAAAGUCUGCUAGUGUCAGCUGUUUCUGCUGUUGCCACCUACCUCGUUGUUCUUGGGCAACUUACUCAAUAA